AAACAGUGUUUAAAUAGUGAAAAGAGAAAAUUAAAUAAGAAAUUGCAUAGAAAUUGUGAUUUCUGAAUCGAAAAAUAGUGCUGCAAGUGCGAAAGAUAGUGUUGAAUAACGCCGCAGUCGAUCGGCUAAAUGAUUAUGCAUGGUACCUGGUACAAAGGACCACAGCUGGCGCAUCAUCCACACACCGACUACCAUCAGUUCCGAUCGUAUCCAUCGUUCGUAGUGACGCCGUAUCACGAGGGUCAUGCGGCCACGCCCUGCCCACCAACGCCCUCAACGCCCUGCCACAGCAGCAGCAGCAGCAGCAGCAACCAUGGACUCGGACUUGGUCUUGGACUUGGACUUGGUGUUGGAGUUGGACUUGGCCAGAGUGCAGCAGCCGAGCCGGCGCCAAUAAUUGUCGAGGGCACCUUUGCUGCGGCCGCCGCUGCCGCCGCAGCUGCAGCUGCCGCGCAUCCCGUUGCAACAGCUGCAACAGCCGCCAGAGCUGCGCCCAGUCCGGCGAUCAAGAUCGAGCAGGUGUUCGGGGAGCAGACAUCGGGGCACUCAACGCUGGUCGAGGACUACGCCCUGAGCCUCGACUGUCCCGUGGAGCAUCAGUUUCGGAAACCCCAAAAUAACAACAACAACAACGGCAACAACGGCAACGGCUACGCCUGGCCAACGGGCAACGAAGUCGUCAACAGCCACAACAACAAUCAGCACAAUUCACACGCAGCAAACGCUGCAGGACCUGGACAAGGACUCUCGCCAGCGACGCCGCCAACGCCGCCCGUGGACGCCAGCCAGGCCGGUUCCGCAAUUAAUUUGAAUCCACCCGCAACACAGACGCAGACCCAGAGCCGUGCAAACUACGCCAAUUCCGUAAAGUCGCCACCGGAAACAGGCAGCGCGCAGCCAUCAACGGCUGCUGCCACCUGCAAAACUCACGACAACAACAACAGCAACAACAACAGCAACGCAACUGCUGCCGCUGUGGCAGCCGCUGCAGCCGCUGCCGCCGCUGUCAACAUGCCGAUCGGCGGCGUCCAGGGCCAGAAUCCCACCCAGGGUCUGGUCCAUUGGAUGAGUGCCGUGAUGGCCGAGCAUAUGACCGGACAGACGCAUCACGAUCCCAGCACUGCGGUCGGCAUGCACUACAUGUGGAAUGGCAAUGUCGAUCAUGCCAAGGAUAUUAGCGAUUACAAUCUUUGGCCACCGACGCCGCGCAGCCACCAGCAUGCCAGCGAACAUCAUCCGAUGUCGCUGAAGCAGGAGUACGAGGCCAAAAUGAACGAUCACCACCAUCACAAUAAUCUGCAAAAAGGUCACUUUCUGGAUGACAAUCGUCUGGAGCACCAUGCGGCGGUCGCCGGCCAAGGCAGCCUGGGACUUGGCAGCGCCGUCAACGGCUCCGGCUCCGGGCCGGGUGGAGGCAACUCCAGCCUGGCCGGCGGUUCGCAUCACGGCAAUCACGUUUCGGCGGCCGCUGCAGCCGCGGCGCACCAUCACAACAAUGCGGUGGCAGCUGCCUCGGCGGCGGCGCUGCUCGUCGUCCCGCAGCCCAUCAAUGCCAGCAAAAUGGGCGGGCCGGGCGUGGGCGUGGGCGCUGGCGGUGGCCACGCACCGGCCGGAGGCAGUGGACGCAAGUAUCAAUGCAAAAUGUGCCCGCAGAUCUUCAGCUCGAAGGCGGACCUGCAGCUGCACACGCAGAUCCACAUGCGCGAGGCGAAGCCCUACAAGUGCACGCAGUGCUCGAAGGCGUUCGCCAACUCGUCGUAUCUGUCGCAGCACACCCGCAUUCAUCUGGGCAUUAAGCCAUACCGCUGCGAGAUAUGCCAGCGCAAGUUCACGCAACUGUCGCACCUGCAGCAGCACAUACGCACCCACACGGGCGACAAGCCGUACAAAUGCCGGCAUCCCGGCUGCCAGAAGGCCUUCUCCCAGCUGUCGAAUCUGCAGUCGCACUCGCGCUGCCAUCAGACGGACAAGCCGUUCAAGUGCAACUCGUGCUACAAGUGCUUCUCGGACGAGCCGUCGCUGCUGGAGCACAUACCCAAGCACAAGGAGUCCAAGCAUCUGAAGACGCACAUCUGCCAAUACUGCGGCAAGUCCUACACCCAGGAGACAUACCUGACCAAGCACAUGCAGAAGCAUGCGGAGCGCACGGACAAGCGGCCGCCCAUUGUGCCCGGCAGUGCCGCAGCCGUGGCCGCUGCAGCCGCCGCUGCGGCCGCUGCCACACCCACUGCAGCAGGCAGCAACACACAGCAGCAGCAGCAGCAACAACAACAACAACAGCAACAUCAGCGCAAUAAUCUGGUUCUGCCGCCCGUUUCGAUAGCGCCCAGCGAGAACAGUUACUGGCCCAAGGUAAGUCCGGACUCUGCAGCUGCGGCCAAUGCCAUGGAGGUAAUGCACCAGCAGCAGCAACAGCAGCAGCAGCAGCAGCAACAGCAGCAACAACAACAGCAGCAGCAACAGCAGCAGCAGCAGCAGCAGCAGCAACAACAGCAACAGCAGCCGCAUCUCCAUCACACACAGCUCGGCGUUCCGCCGCAGCAACACGGCCCGCCACAGCAGCAGCAACAACCGCAGCACCACCACCCACAGCAGCAACAGCAGCAGCAGCAGCCACCGCCCCAGCACAGCAUGGAGGCGCACUACGCCCAACCCACAGCGGCCAACAGCAACCAAAGCAAUGGCCAUGCGCCGGAGCAGUUGCAGUCGCAUCAUCGCAUCAUGCCCGAUCCGGUGCGCGAGGAUAUAGCAGCCACGCCCAGCACCGUGGGGCCGUACGAUGCGGCAUCUAUAACGAAGACCAGCAGCAACUCGGCCUUUACGCCGAUCAACUCGAUGCCGCCGCACUUGAACUCGCUGAGCCACCAUCCGAUGGCGCAGCGCCCCUAUCUCUACGAUGCCAUCAGUUUUCCCAACAAGAACGUCAACCAGAGCAAUGCCAACGCGUUUCCCAACCAGUUGAUAUCGCUGCAUCAGAUCCGCAACUAUGCGCAUCAGCCGGCGGGCCUGAUGGCCGGCGAGCAUCUGCUCGGCGUUAGCGUCGGCCCCGGCAAGGACAAGGGAUAGCUAACGUCGUACUUUUAAGUUGGCCACGCCCCGUCUUCUUAAGUUACAUAACCGAUACAUACAUACGUACAUAUAUGUGUAUAUGUACAUCGUAUUGUGUUGACCGCCGAUAUGUAUGCAAUACGAGCUGAGGCCCGUUUAGUUAGUUCUUAGUAGGAGUGUCGCGUAUCCUGUACAGUAUUAAUUCGUAGUUAGUCUCUCCUAGUGCGUACCACUAAACUUAAUUAGGUUACACAUCAACACACACACAUGCAGACAUACAGUUACCUAUCUUAAGUUAACGAUAAACAACACUGUAAAUUGCCAACUAUACGUAUUAAUUAUUCUAAUUUACCAACACCGUCCAACUUCAUGCUUAAGCUUCAUUCGCACUUGGAGACCCCAACUGAAUUACUCAUAUUCCGAAUUUUCUC